CUCUUCAUCAUUGAAAGAAAGAGACAAAGCAUGGAAGAGUUGUUACCGCACGAUGUGAUAGAGUUUCAUAUUCUGGAGAGGCUUGAUGUAAAAACCCUCCUCAAGUUCAAGUCUGUAUCUAAGCAAUGGAUAUCUACUAUCCAAUCCCCUUGUUUCCAAGAACGACAGUUGAUCCACCAUCUUAGCCAAUCACCAGGAGAUCCACAUGUGCUUUUGGUGUCCUUAUCUGAUCCUUCUGCUCGUCAACAAGAUCCAAGCUUUGAAGCUCUGAGAACGUUGGAGGUGGGGUCAUCAUCAGCUUCUGUUCAGAUCCCUACUCCUUGGGAGGACAAGUUAUACGACGUUUGCAAUACUAGCUGUGAUGGUUUGAUAUGCCUCUACGAUUUCUAUGCUUUGCCCAGUAUUGUCGUCAAUCCCACCACUCGAUGGCAUCGAACUUUCCCUAAAUGCAACUAUCAACUAGUCGCUGCCGACAAGGGUGAGAGAGACGAGUGCUUUGAAGUCCCAUACCCUACUCCUGGAUUUGGCAAAGACAAAAUCAGCGGCACAUACAAGCCAGUUUGGUUGUAUAAUUCAGCUGAGUUAGGCCUAAACGACAAGGCUACUACUUGUGAAGUUUUUGAUUUUGCCACCAACGCUUGGAGAUACAUUUUCCCUGCUUCCCCUCAUCUGAUUCUUCACACCCAAUAUCCUGUUUAUGUAGAUGGGUCACUUCAUUGGUUCACUGCCUUGUCACACGAGGGCGAAACCAUGGUUUUGUCUUUGGAUCUUCACUCCGAAAUUUUCCAAGUCAUCUCUAAAGCUCCCUUUCUCAAUGUCUCUGAUGAAUAUAAGAUCGUCAUGUGCAACCUUGAUGAUCGUUUGUGCGUGUCCGAGGAAAAGUGGCCCAACCAAGUCAUCUGGUCGUUGGAUGAUUCAGACCACAAGACAUGGAAGCAAAUAUAUUCCAUAGAUCUCAUUAUCACUUCUUCUUUGUUCGGGAUUACCAGAUUCGCAUUCACACCACUAGCAGUUUUGGACAAGGACAAGUUAUUGUUUUAUGAUCGUGAACACGGCAAUGCAUUCCUAACACAUGAUCCAGAUACCAAAUCUUAUGAUUUGCCUUACACAUCUAAACGCUGGGCAAGAGUUGUUUGUUAUUUCCCGAGUUUAAUUUCUAUUUUGUAGACUUGAAUGAUUAUUUGUCCAAGCAUUCUAGUUUCUGA